AUGAUUGGCAGUGUCUUCUUUAUCUUCAACCGCUUGGUUGAGAUCGUCUUCCUGAUCCCAAUCAUUGGCAUGAUGGCUUACUUCGUGAAUGGUUACCUCAAAGCCAACGAGCUCACACCAGCCUACAUCCUCGUCCUCUUCAUCGUCAGCGUAAUCGCCAUCUUCUGGGCCGUCGACACCCUGAUCCGCUUCUCAACAACGAAACGCUCGGCAAUCUUCGUCGCCUUCAUCGACCUGUGCUUCUUCGGCGCUUUCAUAGCAGGAGUCUACCAGCUGCGCUUCAUCGCAAACGCAGAUUGCGCCAGUUGGCAUGGAGGCUCGGUCUGGAUCUCACUUGGUCCCUUCGGGUCUUACGGUGAAAGGACGGAUAACCCGCUUGCGCUGGAUGUGAAUAAGACUUGUGCGAUGCUGAAGGCUUCCUUUGCCAUUGGUAUUAUGGAGGUUGUUUUCUUCUUUUGGACUGCUUGCCUUGCGAUGUUCUUGCAUCAUUCGCAUCGUGAUGUUGUUGUGAAGGAGACUACUGUCCGUCGGCGGAGUCAUAGUUCUCGUCGGGGCCAUGGAUCUGGGUCGCAUCACUCCCGUCAUCGCAGUUCUAGUCGCAGGCCUUCCCACUAUGUUGUUUGA